GCGCGCGUGCCUGCCGGACCCUCCCAGGUCCUUCUGGACUCUUGCAGACUCACCGUCGGGGUCAGACAGCUGGUUUAAAACCCCGCAGCCAGAAGACCCGACGUCAGUUUCUUCCUAGAAGUGAGUUAGCGGAGUUUGCUUGGAGUUGUUCGGAUGCUGAUGCGCGUUGAUCCGCGGGGACUUCGGUCAUAAAGUUUUCUCUUUGCUUCAGAACUUUCUCAGUUUGGACCUGAGCGCGGCCAUGGCGGAGGGAGAUUACUACACGAUGGGGAACAGGCAGCGGUUUCCUCGGGAUCCAUUCGGGGAGUUCAGGGAUCAGUCUCCGUUCCGGGACCAGAUCGCGUCCCGGUUCAUGGACGAGGACUUCGCAAUGCCGCAUUUCCCGGAGGACUUGUCGAUGGACUGGCCGGGAUGGGCUCGACCCGGGCGGCUCGGGACGCGGCUCAGCUCCUCGCCCUUCAGCAGCAGUUUGCGCUCCGGGUUCCCUCAGCGCCCGGGUUCCGCCGGCCCCGGCGGACCCGCCCUCUACACCAGCCGAUACGGAGAACCGUCGUCCCGCAGCUCGCCGAUCACCACCGGCGGGGAACCGUGGAAGGUCUGCGUCAACGUCCACAGUUUCAAACCAGAGGAGCUCAACGUCAAAACCAGGGACGGGUUUGUGGAGGUUUCAGGGAAACAUGAAGAGAAGCAGGAAGAAGGAGGAAUCGUGACGAAGAAUUUCACAAAGAAGAUACAAAUCCCCCUGGACGUGGACCCUCUGACUGUCUUCGCCUCGCUGUCCCCUGAGGGCGUCCUCAUCAUCGAAGCUCGCCAGACGCCGCCGUACGACCUCUUCAGCGGCGAGCUCCCUCAGAGCGGGGAGCCCCCGGAGACGGACGUCCUGAAGCCCCAGGAAGCCGCAGCGGUGUGAGACCCUCGGACUCUGAAACGUUGACAUGGAAGCUGCUUUGCGAUUUUGUAUUUUAUCUGAUUUACUGAGAAUA